CACGCCUUGAUAGAAUGAGUCAGCAACUCUUCGGUAUAUAAGAAGCGGCUUAUAUAGCUGAAUCAGAUAUCCCCGAGCUAGCUAUAUAGUAUGUAAAGUCAAAAUUUAGCCUACAACACAGCAAAGUAAACAGCAAAAACAAUUAUGGAUAAUGGACCUGGAUUGUGCUUUGAUCUCAUUGAUGUCACAAAGGAUGACAGGCUAAAGUCUAUAAAAAUUCUGAUCGAACACAUCAAGAAACUUGGGAAGGACUGGCUCUACAUAUACAUAGGGAAAACACAUAUAAAAGGCAACAAAUUAAAACCAUUCGACAAGACAAACCAAGAAACGUGGGAUUUAAAAGCAAUACAAAAUAGAAAAAGUGAUCACUCCAUAAAUAAGGGGUUGACUAAUCUAACAGUGAUAAGUGUAAUCACUAAUGCAGAAGUUCCAAGUCAUAGCUUGCUCCAAACUAGAUCUAUAGAGCAUAAUAUUCUCAUGAGUAUUGAAGAGCAGUAUGCCCUGAGUCUCGAAAGUGAGAUAAUAAAUCAACUAAGAUUUUCAGAUUUUGGAGCUAAAUUAGUUAAUGUGACAUCUAACGCUGGAAAUUUGAAGAAAAAAGAUUGUGAUGGUUUCGUAAUUUACAUGGCUUAUGGCAAUACACUUUCAGAAGCAUAUAUAUGUACACUUAGUCUACCAAUCACACCUUGUGAACUCACACCUAUGUCCACAAGUAUCCCACUUAUUUCUUCAAAUCAAAGCUAUGAAUUUGAAGACAUAACACCAGUUAAUUCCCCAGGCAGCAUUAUACACAAUGAAGAAGUCAUGACACCACCAAAAAGUCAGCAACAAGCUACAAUAACAACUCUGAAAAGUGACUGUGCAGAAUUUACAAAUACUUCACCACUGACACAUUGUGACUCAAGACAAGAGCAGAGCCUCAAAUUUCAAGACAUGACGCUAGUUAAUUCCCCAAGCAGCAAUACGCACAAAGAAGUCACAGCACCCGUUUUUCUACCACCAGUACUAACUGAUGAUCUUAAAACUAGUCAGCAUACUGCAACAAGGUUUACUAGGAAUAUUUCUGAAUCACCACAAACAAGUUUGUAUGCACACAAUUCGUCGGUCACAAGUAGUAGAAAUCACCGUAGAUCAAAGUGUGAAAAACAAUAUGCUAAGCAAAGACAUGAAACAACACCAUACCAGCGCAAAAGGUCCACAACAUCAGUUGUGUUCUAUGGCAUAGACACUGGACAAAGUACAGAUCAUUUCUAUGAUAGGAAACGCGCUGCCUACAAUCAAAUUAGACGUAUUGUGAAGAAACUACCACAGAUUGAUACUAAUGACUGGAAAGACGCAAAAUUAUGGACUGAAUCUAUGACACUGCUUGGCAAAAAGUCACAUUAUCCGGUACGUUGUCCGGUAUGUAUUGAUUUUCAUUCAGAACAAACAGCAACAGAAAUCUUAAACAAUAACAAGUUAUUUCGUUAUCACAAAAUAGGAGUAAAACCUUUCAAUGCGUAGAACGGAUUCUUUUGAACAGUGCUAUAAUUAUUACAUGUACAUGCUAAGGAAAAAAUAGAUUGUAAUUUGCUUUUUAUAGCUGUUUUAGCAAUGCUUCACUCGUGUUCAAUAUAUAGUUAUACAUAUUAUUAUAUAAUUAUGCAUGAAGAGUUGGAAAGAGAGGGAUUAAUAGCUAGCUAUAUACAGUUCAUUGAAUGUGAACAUUUAAGCAAGAAAAAAAUAUGCAGCCCUGCCUCAUCAUAAUUAUAAGACCCACCUCUCUA